AUGAACAAUAAAAAUUUUCUAAAGAUAUUAUUGUUUUUAAUUUCAUCGUUGUUAAUUUAUUAUGUAAAUGCUGCUACCAUUAAUACUAUUAAUUUAAAAGAAAUUUAUAAAUUACAACAUAAUGAAUUUUAUGAAGAAUUAAAAAUUCGUAAUAUUUCCAUAAAAGUUCGUCAUGAAUUUGUUGAUUUGAUAAAUGCAAUAAGUUUUGAAGUUGAACAUUUAAAUCAUCUUGAAAUUAUUAAAGAUUUACCUAAUGUUGAUUCUGUUGAACCCAUAAUGAUACAUCAAGGCCCAAAAUUCAUAAAUAAAUCAAUCAAUCAAAAUAAUGGUUUAAACAAACGUGAUUGGAUUUCACAUGCACCUUUAAUAUUAUCAUCAAAAAUAGAUCUUAAUACGCCUCAUCAUAUGACAGGUGUUGAUUGGGUUCAUAAACAUCUCGAUGUUACUGGAAGAGGAGUAAGAGUUGGUGUUAUUGAUACUGGAAUUGAUUAUAGACAUCCAGCAUUUGGAGGAUGUUUUGGUCCAGGAUGUAGAGUGGAAGUAGGAUUUGAUUUUGUUGAUAAUGAUGAUGACCCACUUGAUAAUUGUAAUGGCCAUGGUACUCACGUCGCAGGUAUUAUCGGUGCCAUGGAUGAUGCAAGUGGACUUGUAGGUGUUGCUCCUGAUGUAACAUUUGGAGCAUAUAGAGCAAUGGAUUGUUCUGGUCAAGGCUCAGAUGAUGCACUUAUAAAAGCAUUGGAGCAAGCUUCACAAGAUAAUGUGGAUGUUGUAAAUUUGUCUUUGGGAGGAAAUUUCUGGGCAUCAACACCAUUAUCAGACUCAAUAGGAAAAAUGAUAGAAUCAGGCGUUGUAGUGGCUGUAGCAGACGGUAAUAGUGGCCUUGAUGGUCUUUGGAAAACAGUAUCUUCAGCAUUUGGAUAUAAAUCAUUGUCGGUUGCUUCUGUUGAAAAUAGUCAUUUUUUGGGUUUUAAAGCACAUGAUAUAAAUGACAAUGAUUGUUCUCUAGAAUAUUUAACAGUAACAGCAAGGGCUUUACCAUUUGAUAAAGGAGAGAUUCUCAUGUUUCCGAAACAUUCAUGUCCUGAAGAUUUGUCAGUAUAUCAUAAUAAAAUACUAUAUCUUGAUUUAUCUUCCAAUAGCACAUCGAAGAAAGAUUGCCCUCCUCUUCCGCCAGAAUUUAUUGAUAAAUUAUUAGCAUUGAUAAUAUCAAAAGUUGAUUUAUUUGAUCCAAUUUUAGCAAAUUUCGACAUCAAAAGUUUAAAAUUACCAAUGGCUACGAUAUUAUCACGACAAGCAAAUAAAUUAGUAGAAAUAUUGAAAAAAAAUCCGGGUGGUUUAGAAUUUGAUUUUUCUGAUAAACGUGGUUAUAUGAUUCAAAGUCAUGUUGGUGGAACUGUAUCCUAUUUUUCAUCUUGGGGAUUAACACCUUAUCUAGACAUCAAGGAAAUAGCAGCUCCAGGUGGAAUUAUUUUUUCGACAUUUCCAAUAAAUCUUGGUAGUUAUGCAAAUUUAAUGGGAACGAGUAUGGCAACACCAUAUAUAUCUGGUGUAGCAGCUUUAAUAAGACAGGCCAAUAAAAUAGAAAAAAAUUCUCACCGUUUUAUUCAAAAGGCUUUAAUGAAUUAUGCGAUACCAGUUCACGAUCAAAUAUUCAAAAUAGUCCCACCAGUUUUAAGACAAGGUGCUGGAUUAGUAAAUGUUUAUAAUUCAAUUAGAGCUAUGGCGUUUGUUCAUCCAUUCAAACUUGCUUUAAAUGAUACAGUCAAUGGUAAAAAAGAUGGUUAUUAUGACCUUAACAUUGAAAACUAUUGUGAUAAACAUUUGGAAUAUCGUUUAGUUCAUAUGCCAGCCGUUUCAGUAAAUGGUUAUGAUGGAGAGAAACAGUUAUUACUACAGGAAUUGAAAUAUCGUAGAGAAUAUGCAGUUGUAAAAUUUAAACGGGUGUUUAUUAAAAUUGAACCUUUUGGAAAAGAAAAAAUAACAUUAAAAAUAACACCACCAAAAGAUUUACCGUCAUCUGAACAUUGGUUUUAUAGUGGAUUUAUAAAAUUUGUUCCUGUAGAUAGCGAUGAUCCAAUUAUUUCUGUUCCAUAUGGUGCCGCAAAAACGUUACCAAUAUUUGCAAAACCACAAUAUCCACAACUUUACUACGACUCUAAAUCAUUAUAUUUUCCCAAUGAAACAGCCACUUAUGGAAUGAAAAAUGAAACAGAUGCUCCAAUUAUAUUAAUAUCAUUAUCAACACCAACAAAAUUAUUACUUGUACAGGUACUAGAUGAAAAUCAAAAAUUGAUAGGUUUUGUACCUGGUAAAGGUGUCGGUGGGCUUUUAGCCGGAUAUAAUGAGUAUCUUACAAAAACUGGUUCACAUAAAUUUUUAAUAUUACUUUGGGCUGGCUCAAAAAAUAAUGCUACUAAUAGUGAUGAAGAUCCAGAAAUUUUACCAAACGGUGCUUAUCAUUUGAGAAUUCGUGCUUUAAGAUUGUUGGGUGACAUUGAUAAAGAAGAAGAUUGGGAAGUUUGGGUUUCUCCUAAGCUUAUUAUUCAAAGAGAAUAA